AUGUUUGCUCCAAAGGCAGCGGCGCCUGCCACAGGCGGGCUUUCUCUCAACACAAACUCCACCAGUUCUUUGUUCGGCGGCAACACGGCCACAUCCACAGCUACUCCCGGUGCAACUAAUACCAGCAGUCUCUUCGGGAACGCCGCGAGCUCGACAGCACCUAAACCAGCAGGAGGCUUGUUCGGCGCCCCGGCUGCAGGAACCACACCACAAGCACAACCGACCGGAUCCAACAUGUUUGGAGGUCAACAGCAGAGCGGUGCGACCGGCAGCAACCUUUUCGGAGGCGCAAAUACAACCACACAGCCUUCUGGGACAGGCAAUAUGUUCGGUGGGUCAACUGCUGGCGCUGGCACCGGCACGACUCAAGGAACAACGGGUGGUGGCUUGGGUGGCAGCACUCUUUUCGGCGGUGGUGCGUCUACAGCUCAAACUCAAGCAAAGCCAGCAUUUGCUGGACUCGGUGGACUCGGAGCCGCUGGUGUCGGCAGUGGGCUUGCUGGGGGAUUAACAGGAGGAGCCACGGGGGGCAUGUUUGGUGGCGGCCAGAGCACAGCCCAACAACAACAACCUCAAAAGCCUACCCUCUCUCUCUUCGGCCAGCCAGCGCCCGCACAGACCACACAACCACUCCAACAGAGCACUGCUACCAGCACGGUGAUCCCGGGUGUGAAAGUUGACGUCAGCAAUCUCCUACCAACCACAAAAUUCGAGAGCUGCGCCGAUGAGAUCCGUAGCCAAAUCGAGGCUAUCGACAAGCACAUCCUGAACCAGAUGAAGAUGUGCCAUGAGGUCGGGGAUCUGCUCCCGACUAUCGAGAAGCAGGGUGCCACAAUUCCUAACGAUGUCGAAUUUGUACAAGGCAAACUUGAAACCAUGCAACACGCGCUUGAGAACGAUGCCAGUGACAUUGAUGGGCUGCGCAGCCUUGUCACACGGGAUGCGGCCGAGGCUCAAGUUGCCUUCCGAGCCAUUGAUACGCUGAAGCUCCCUCUACAAUACCAGUCAACUAGUGGUGGGUGGUGGUCUGUGCAGGAUCAACAGAUUCCGGAGCGAUCUAUGCGCUCGAGUCGCAAAAAUACACUUGCUCUUCCCGACGGCGUUGAGGGUGACGCGUCUACUGACGUCAAUGGAGUCCCCGUCAAUCUGGUUGAUUACUUCUCUCAUCGCUCGAAGGAGAUGAAAGAAGUUCUUACAAGAUAUACCGGCAACCUCAAAGAGAUCGAGGACCAUCUUCACGGUGUCGAAGCUACGCUCAACCGCCAAAUCAGCGACUUUGUGAGCUCCAAGUCUCGUGAGGGAGCUGCAGGGACACCCCGGUCCACCAUCAACGAACUUUCCGGUGUUCUCUCAGAUGUCGAGGCUGGCAUCAUGGGUGUUGCCACUCGUCUGAGCAAUGUGUCGGAACAAGUACAAGAUUUGUCGAUUGGGCAGCAGUCUCUUGGUGAUGGCCGGCUUCAUCUGGGAUAG